UCAAUCCUCAUCACCACCAUUUGCUUCUAAUCUCCAUCCUCUUCUUCUCAAAACCCUAACCCUACACGCCCUUCCCCCCUUUUCCUUUAUGUCAUUUUAUUAUCUUCUGUAAAAACAAGUAUUCUUCAUUCCAUGUGUAUGAUUUUCUGGUUGCCAUGUUCAAGUUUUUUUAAAUAUAUUUUUUGAGCAAGAUCAUGCACUAAUUGAGGGAUGAAGCUUAUGAGUUAUUGAGAGAAGAUUCAUCAGAUGGCAGAAUAUGCAGCUGUACCAUCAUACAUGAAGCUGGAUAUGCUAAGAAUUUCCAUUAAAGAGAGAGGCUUGAUACCUCGGGAUUCAUACUUCAAAGUGGUUCAAAGAAAGUGUUCAUAUGGAAGCUAUAAAGUUGCCCGGCUGUCUUCCUGGCAAAUAUGCGUGUCCACUGCUCCUGUUGUCUCAAAUCUGAAAAUAACUCAUUGUUCCAAGGAAGGUUCCUUGAGGUGUAGUUGUCUUGCUGAUGGUGCGACCACAUCUGAUUGGGUACCUGUUGUUGACCAAGUGCUCCUAAUGGCCAGCAUAUUUCUUACAUAUAUGGCUGGAGUAAUACCAACUGAGAAGUCUUAUUUCAGUUCUCAAAGGAAUGUCUCAGAUGACAAUGCUGUCCAUGAAAGCUCUACCUUUUCUGGUAGUGCCUUGAAGAAUGAUGACCAAGUUAACCUAAAGUGUGCUUGGGAUGUAGUGAAAGGGAAACUUCUCGAUUCUCUAAACGCUAUUGAGCAUAUUGGUAGUCUGGAAAAUGGAGUUGUUGAAUCUGAACAGCGUGCAAAGCGGCCUUUAAGUCUGCAUGCUAUUGCUGAUGGUCCAAGGUUACGGUUGCUUUGGGCUUCUUUUCAGCAACUUGAGAAAGAGGUGGAGAAUAUCUCAGAAAACUCUGAAACUGUUACAAUGGAUGAUUGGUUAAUACUUUUUUCUGAAAUUAUUCAGAAGUUGUGCCAGCCUAUAUGUAUGGCUUGGCUAGAAAAGGAGUGCACUGAAAAUAGAAAGGCUGAUAAGGCACUUCAUACUUUAAUGUUUGAGAAGUUAGAAGGAGACACCUCCAUUUUACAGAAAAUUAGAAAUUCAGGCAAGGAGGAUCUUUUUGCGGAGUUACUGUGCUUUCUUAGAUUUGGGUCUCUCAGGGAAGGUUGCUGUUACGACCAUAGCUUGUUUACCCUGCAUGGGGUUGUGAUAUUAGAAGACUUGGUGAUAACUUUAGCUGAUGGGAUCUCAAGUGUAUAUUUGGAGCUUAUUUCUGUUGAUGGUAAUGUGUCAAAUGAAAUGAAUAGCUUGGGUUGGAGUUUGUGUACAUUGUCGACCCGAGCACUUCAGAGACUACGUAAUGAGGUGGCAUUGAAGCAGUGGUUGUAUCAGAACAUGGAAGCUGUUGUUUCUAUGUAUGAAGAUUGCUUUGACCUUUGCACGCUUCAAAGCCAACUCAUUGAGGAACCAAGCAAGAGCCAGGCUGAAAAUUUUAGCUGGUGGAAGAAGCUUACUGUGAGACAAUCUGGAUCAUUGUCAACACCUUCACAUUGUGUUGUGAUCAGCCAUUUCUCCAUGCCUGUAAAACGGACUAAGGAAUUAAGAGCACUCACAGGGUGGAGGUACUACUUCAGCCUAUUCCUUGAGUUAUCUGACAUUACUAUGCCAUUGAUUAGAGCCAUUUUUACUAAAGUCAGCGAUGCCGUGUCAUUCUUUCUAGUUUACUUGAUUGGGCGGUCAUUAGGUCUCAUUUACACAGGGAUAAGGCAGUCCCUGCGGUGGAACUGAGAUAUAACUGGUAUAUCUUUUGUUUUCUGUGUGAUUUUCGUUUGAACUUUUGUGCUUUAUUUAGUGAUAGUCUUCAUGAACAACAUAUGCCAGACUGUUGGACUGGAGCUUUCAUUUUUUGCGUAGGUCACCUUGAGGCCUUCUGCAUGUCCAUUGUUUAAUAAAACUGAGGAUCUCAAUCACUUUUGAACUGAGAAACUAGUUCCAAUUCUAAGUCAACUGUAACUGAACUUCCAAUAUUUUAUAUUAUUAACCAUGCCCAAAGGGUUUAUCUAAGGGUAUUAGUUUAA